UGCCCAGAGUAGUUCAGUUGUCGUCUGUCUCUUGCGUGAGGUGCACGUCUCUCAUCCUGAAUUUUGUGCUCCACCUUGGGCCGUACGCUAACUCAAAAUGAAGCUUUUCGCCACUUGUUUCACCCUACUUGCUCUUUCUGGCAUCGCUUAUGGCAUUCAGUGCUUCGUGUGCAAUUCUAAGAUAGACUCUGCCUGUGCUGAUGAAUUCCAGGAUGAUUCUCCUGCCUUAAUAGAAGCCUUCCUUCAGGAAUGUGAACUACCCGACAAUGAAACUCAGGCCUUUUGUCGUAAGGCUAAGAUGCACUUACCUGAUGGUGAAGUUCGUGUGAUGCGAGACUGUGGUUUCAAGAGGCGAGAGAUCUACGACUGCUAUCAGAAGCGUUCAGAAGAUUAUUUUGUCGAUGUAUGUCAGUGCGACGCUGACAGGUGCAAUGGUUCUCCAUCACUUACUUUCUCCCUGGCCCCUGUCUUGGCUCUAUCUCUUCCCUUGUUUGCUAGGUUCUUGUAAAUCAAGAGUAGGAAUGCUUUAAAGUUCAAAGUGUAGAUUCCUGGGUCUCUAGCAUGACGCUCUAAAACUGUCAAAUUCCAUUCCAUCUCUCAAACUGCCUGUAUCUUUUCUAUUGCAUAUAUAUGAAAU